CAAAACAAACUUUUAUUUUCGGGGUCUGGGUGCUGAAAAAAUAGGUUUUCGGUUUUCCAAAGAUCCUGGUUUUGGAGAAUAAGAUGAGAAUUUCAUCUUUCUGGGACCUUUGUUGGAAACAAUUUUCUCUAUCCAAAUCACUAUUUGGAAUCUUCAUAAGAGUUACGAUUAGGGAAAAAAAUCGAAAUUACAUCUAUAUGAAUAAUUUUGGGAGCCACUGUAUGUAUAGACUAACGAUGAAGACAGUGAACAUAUGAUGAUCUUAGAUCUCAUUUGAAUUCUUUCGAUUGAAAAAAGUUUAUUUCAAGAAAAUAGUUGAAUUUUAUCAAAUAUGAUUAAACUGUAAGAGCUAAGCCUUCCUCAAACGAAAAUUUCGACAAAUCUCCGAUAGGUUCGAAUUUGUAAAACGUUCAGUCUAUUUUUAUAAAAUUUAGUUAUUUUUUUUUUGCCAUGGCGUGAACCGAAUAAAUUGAAAUUAGUUCAAGACCAUCACUCAUUCACCAUCUUCAUCCUAAGUUUAUACGUACAUGUUUAGAUCCAUAUAAAUCUGUACGUAAGACAGGUGUAUCCAUAGUGUUGGAGGGACUAUUUUUUAUGUAGAAGUCCAGUAUUUAAGUUGUUAAUAGAAAAGUGAAGAGACAUUUUCGACGCACAAUGCUACUAGAGAUAGUUUCGAAAGUCUAAUAUUUUCUUCUAAAAUCAGCAAGCUUUUUAAGGUAGGUAUUCUAAUUUUGAGCUGGAUGAAAUACUCAAAAUCCUAAAUAAUUAUGCAUCAUAUCGAAAUAAUGCUUAAUAAAAUCGUACUUUGUGUUUUUUCGAAGACGAAAUGAACAGAUUAUUUUUUCUUUUUGUUUUAUACAUAUAUAUAUUCAUAGACACCACACAUCAUGGUAUAACAACAUUCCUACUCUAUUUUUGUUAGUAUCUUUCACUAGUAUUAUAGUAUACAAUCGUUAAUUGAUUUGUCUCUGUAUGUUUUAUAUUUCUUCUUUCAUUUCAUAUACAUGAUUCAUUCUGAUUGAAUAAAAUAAAUUUCUUAUUAAAAUCUUACGACUCAAUUAUGACGUAAAUGCUGGUGAAAACAAGACCCACACGUUUUUAAAUGUUAUAAGGUUUUAGUGUAGUUCGAUUGCAUGAAACUUGAUAAUAAAACGAGUAUAAUAAGAACAUUUUGAAUCAUGACUCUUCUAACGUCUUGAUGUCAAAAUUCAUCCGUUACUUAUAAAUCUACUGAUUAAAUUAUGUCUAAUGAGGUUUUAAGAAAGUCAUUCUUAUGUACUUAUUUAGUUCUACGCAGAUUCAAAUUAUCGAUUGUAACAUAGAAUAUACCGCCGCACUAAUUUAGAGUUCUACUCAUCCAUUGACUGUCGUUUUCAACUAUUUUCAGAUCAUUACAAGAGAAAAUUAAGGCAAUAUAUAUAUAUAUAUCAUUAAUCUAUUUUUGAUACGAAUUUUGAAAAUAAUCUAUUACUUUUAUAUUUUAUUAAAUUUUAGGUUCGUAAUGUUCAAGUACGUGGUGGUUACAUUCUUCAUGUUGGUGUAGUUGAAGGUACACUUUCUGUUAAUGAUAAAGUACGUUUAACAAUUGAUGAUUUUCGUCGAAAUUUAAUUAUGAAAAAUCAUACGGGUACACAUAUACUUAACUAUGCUUUACGUGCUAUACUUGGUGAUACUGUUGAUCAACGUGGUUCAUUAGUUGCACCAGAUCGUUUACGUUUUGAUUUUAGUUCAAAAGGAGCAAUGACACCUGAUGAACUUAAACAAACAGAAGUCAUUUGUAAUAAAAUGAUUGAACAAUCAUUACAAGUUUAUGCUAAGGAUGCAUCAUUAGAAGAAUCUAAACGAAUUGAUGGUUUACGUGCUGUUUUUGAUGAAACAUAUCCAGAUCCAGUACGAAUUGUUUCGAUUGGUGUAUCAAUCGAUGAUUUACUUAAUAAACCACCUAAAGCUACUGGACGUGAAUAUUCUGUUGAAUUUUGUGGUGGUACUCAUUUAAAAACAAGCAAACAUAUUGAUCAAUUGAUUAUUGUUACCGAAGAAGCUAUUGCUAAAGGUAUUCGACGUAUUGUUGCUGUUACUGGUCCUGAAGCAGAAAAACAGUGUUUUGGAUUUCGAUAG